CGAGUCCUUGCACUGUUAUACAUCAGAAAAUAUCUAUUCACAUAUAUUUGCAAAGGAUAUACUUUUUUUUUGUUGCUUUUUUAAAAAGAAUUUUUAAUUUCAAUUUAAAGGAUUUUAAGGACUCUAACUUAAUCUGACCUUUAAUUCUUAGUUAAUUGCUUAUAAAUAAUAUUACAUGGAUUACAUUAAAAAUUGUGAAGUGAAAUCUAUAUAAUUUGAUUCACAGGAAUUUUCUUUCCUGUGAAAAAAGGAUACAUUUUUCAAUAAGAAAAAAAAAAAAAAAGUAUCCUCUUCUCUCGAGAGUGAAGAAAAAAAAAAAAAAUUACAUAAAACCAAGGCAAACAGCUGCUCUCAUCCUGUGGGCUGUUGUAGCGCUUAGGUUAUCAUUAUAUGUAUAUCCCUCAACCGUCUUUCGUCCUUACAACAAAAAAGAAAAUUUGUAACAAAAAAUUAAAGAUGGAGUGAAUUAAAAAACGUCCUUUUUCGGUAAUACACACCCAGUUUGAAAAAAAAAAAAAAACAUUUUUAGAAUAUUGAAACAAAAAAAGUUUUUCGAAAAGUAAUUUAAAAUAUUGUAAAAUUUUGUGCAUACAUUUUUCGGGAACAGAAAAAGAUGUAUAAAGUGGAGAAAAUUCUAUCAAAGGAUUCUCUAAUACGAUGAAACGGGGAUACAAAAGAAGACGAAAGGGCCAUCGCCGAUAAAUUGUUUCGGCCAAACCCAUUUUAUUUUUCUCUCUGUUAAAGAAAAAAACAACAACAACAACAAACGAUAUCUUUUUCUUGAUGAAAUAAUACAAAAAAAAAAUAUAUAAUUCCAAUAUUUUUAUCCAACAAAAAGGAUUUUUUUGAAAAAAAGGAACAAAAAAUAUAUAUAAAUUCCAUCAACAACAACAAAGAUCCUUAUACCAAACCCUUAAAAUAAAAGAUAUUACGCAGUGAAUUUAUAUCGCUAAAAAUAAAUCAUUCCACAGUAAAAUAUAAAAAAAAAGGAUAACCUUUGCACCCUUCCUCAGCAAAUAACAUAAAACAAAAAAAAAAAAAAAAAUAAAAAAAUAUAUUACAAAAAGGAUACAAAAAUUCAAAAAAUAAGGACCGAAAGGAAUAAUUUUUAGAUCAUGCUCCAUUUAUUAUCAUAUUUUAUUUGGAUACGAAUUGAAUUUUUAUUUUUUAUCACUUAUUUAGUGUUUGUAUUAUGUGAUGAACAAGCGACAGCAUUUCCGAAUUCAGCAGCAGCUGCAGCUGCUGCAUCCGGUGGAGGAAGUUCGAAAAUUGGAGUUAGACAAGGUUCGGCGAGACAAUUUCUUGGUUCGAGUUUUGUCAGAGACGAUAGAUCCCCUUUGCUAUCACUACGAUAUGGACAACAAUCACGUCCAUCACGUCGCGGGGAUCGCCACGAUAUCGAUCAUAAUGGAAUGAUGCAACAUCAAAUAAGACAACACCAUCAACAUCAAGAUGGCAUGGAUGAUGAUAUGUUAGAUCAGUAUGAACCACAUCCUUCAGACUUUCCACCACAUCCCGAUGAUGAUUAUUUCGGACAAGACAUCCCAAAUUAUUUGGCUCAAGAAAUUUACACAACAGAACCGUUACAACCAGGUGGUGGAGGUGGUGGAGUGGGUAAUAAUCACGGUGGUGGGGGAAUUGUAAGUAACGGAGGAGGAUAUGAUAAGUCUGAUCCACGUUAUCGAGCUGCUGUCAAUGCUCGAAGGCCAUUAGUAAGAGGGGAUUUGUAUGGAGUUAAAGAAACUGGUGAUCGAAAAAUUGAUACCCAACGUGGAACGGAACGAUUUUUGGGAAUGUUAAAUACCCGGGAUAGAAUAUUUAGACCACACAUAGCUUUGGUUAGUGAUAUCUUGUCUCCGAAUGAUGGAUCUGUACACGAGUGUGCUAAUAACUGCAAGGACACUCAAUGGACUUGUUCAAUGUCAUGUUCUUGCAUACCAAAAAGCGAACGAUGUGACAAAGUUCGGAAUUGUGAUGAUGGUACUGACGAGCAAGAUUGCGAUGGUAAUGACGAUAUGAUUAGUAAAAUCCAAAUGACUUGUGAAUCGACUGGAGAUCAUGCAAUGUGUCCGAAGACUUAUCGAUGUAUCAACAAAGAAUGGCUCUGUGAUGGCGAUGAUGAUUGUGGUGAUUAUUCGGAUGAAACUCAUUGUGGUAAUCGAAGUAAUUGCACAGAUGAUCAAUUUGAAUGUUCGAAUGGUUUUUGUGUUCCAAAAACUUGGGUCUGUGAUGGCGAAAAUGAUUGCAAGGAUUUUUCUGAUGAAGCUAAUUGUUCAAGAAUAACUUGUUCACAAGAACAUUUUCCAUGUGAAGAUGGUUAUUGUGUAUCACUGGCAUUCCGCUGUGAUGGUGAAAAAGAUUGUGCUGAUGGAUCAGAUGAACGAAAUUGCCAAGCUGUUAUGAAUAGUUGUCCAGAGGGAGAAUUCAAGUGUCGUGGAGGAUUAGGUGGAGCUGGGGGUCCUGGUGGACAGUGCGUCCUUAACAGAUUCCGAUGUGAUACUGACAAUGAUUGUGGCGAUUGGAGUGAUGAAGAAAAUUGUCCAAAGAAACCAUCCAGUUGUACGUCAAAUGAAUAUAAAUGUAACGACGGAACUUGCAUUCCGAAUCGAUGGAAAUGUGACAAAGAACAAGAUUGUGAUGGUGGAGAAGAUGAAAAAGAUUGUGGCUACAUGAAUGGAAGUCAGCCUACGACUUGUGCUCCUGACGAAUUCACUUGUCUUAAUGGACGUUGCAUAUUGUCUACAUGGCUCUGUGAUGGUUAUCCAGAUUGUUCCUCAGCUGAAGAUGAAGUCGAAUGUCAUUUGGCGUGUGAUCCUGGUCAAUUCUUAUGCCCAGCUAAGAAAAAUAUAACCAACUUAAAAAUUUGUGUACAUCAAAAGCACGUUUGUGAUGGUCAAAAUGAUUGUCCUUUAGGCGAAGAUGAAAUGAAUUGUCCCCAAGUUAAGAAUUGCCCCAGCAAUUCACAUUGUGAACAGCUUUGCAUAACAUCUUCUCGAGGACGGGAUGAGUGUACCUGCAGGCUAGGAUUUGUGUUACAUGAAAACAAGAAAAACUGCACUGAUAUCGAUGAAUGUCAAUUUAUUUCGAAUCCAGUUUGUUCUCAAAAGUGUGAUAAUACCCUUGGAAGUUUUCGAUGUUCAUGUGAGAUGGGCUAUGUUUUGAGACCGGAUUUGCGAACUUGCAAGGCCUUGGGUGGAGCUAUGCAGCUUCUAGUGGCUAAUCGGUGGGACAUUCGGAAAGUUACUCUUAGCAAUAAUCGUUACACGGCUGUAGUCAAGGGUCUUCACAAUGCCAUAGCUCUGGAUUAUCACUUCAAAAAAGGUCUAAUGUUUUGGUCAGAUGUAUCAACAGAUGUGAUAAAAAUGGUAUACGUAAAUGGAACUCGAGUGAGAGAUGUUAUAAAAUGGGGUCUAGAAUCACCUGGAGGUAUUGCUGUCGAUUGGGUUCAUGAUUUAUUAUUUUGGACUGAUUCUGGUACAAGAAGAGUUGAGGUUUCAAAUUUUCAAGGAAAUUUAAGAGCUGUUAUUGCUGUUAAUGAUUUGGAUAAACCGAGGGCAAUUGUUGUACAUCCUGGUGAAGCUAUGGUAUUUUGGUCAGAUUGGGGUCCAAAUCCAAAAAUUGAAUAUGCCUAUAUGGAUGGUUCACAAAGAAAAGUUAUCAUUACUAAAGGUGUUACAUGGCCAAAUGGUUUAACGAUAGAUUAUCCAAGUAGGAAAUUGUAUUGGGCAGAUGCUAAACAACAUGCUAUUGAAAGUUCGAACUUUGAUGGAAGCGAUCGAGUUAAGAUUUUAAGUACCCACCUACCGCAUCCAUUUGCUCUAACCAUCUUCGAAGAUACAAUGUAUUGGACGGAUUGGAAUACCAAGACCGUUUCUGCAGCAAACAAAAUAUCUGGCAAAGGUUUUCGUUCAGUUCAUGAAAACUUCCAUUUCCCAAUGGAUGUUCAUGCUUAUCACCCGGCUCGACAACCUGAAUAUCCUGACCGUUGUCAAAAAGAUCGUCGUGGCCUCCGAGGUGGAUGCACCCAUUUAUGCCUUCCGAACAAAAAUUCAAGACGUUGUGGUUGUCCAAUCGGACUCACUCUUAAAGAAGAUCAAAAAACUUGCAACAGUUCUCCUGACAAACUUCUCUUAGUGGCACGUCGAAAAGACAUUCGUCUUCGUCAACUCAAUAGUAAACCCUCUUCAGCCAAUGAUAUUGAUAUGAUUGUUCCAGUGGACAAUUUGAAGCACACAGUUGCUUUAGAUUGGUGCAGUGAAACCGAUUUCAUUUAUUGGACAGAUGUUGAACGUUCGUCAAUCAAUAAGGCCCAUUUAAAUGGAAGCUAUCAGCAAAGACUUGUACAUUCGAAUUUAGUUUCACCAGCUGGUUUGGCUCUGGAUUGGAUUACAAAUAAAAUUUAUUGGACUGAUCCAGCGACAAAUCGAAUAGAAGUCGCUAUGACAGAUGGUAAAAUGAGAUCGAUUUUAAUUUGGGAGAAAUUGAAUAAACCUCGAGAUAUUGUUGUUAAUCCAAUUGAUGGUUUAAUGUUCUGGUCGGAUUGGGGUGAUGUUCCAAUGAUUGAACGAUCCGGAAUGGAUGGAAAAAGUAGAACUGUGGUCACUUCGCGUAACCUUAAGUUCCCAAAUGGUCUAGCUGUGGAUUAUGAUAACCAGAAAAUAUACUUCGUCGAUGGUGGAAUUAAGACAAUUGAGAGUAUGAAUUUUGACGGAACAGCCCGGAAAGUGAUCAUAGGAACUGGUUUGGGUCAUCCAUUCGGACUAGACAUCAAUGAAAACAAGAUCUUUUGGACUGACUGGGACACCAGAUCGGUCAAAGUUGCUGACAAGCUCACAGGACAAAAUAUCAAAACCGUUAUUGCAAACACAAGUGAUCUGAUGGAUGUUCGAGUCUUCCAUCGUUCCCGUAGGAGGAUGCAAAAUACUUGUGGAAACUUCAAUGGAGGCUGCUCUCAUUUGUGUCUGCUGAGUCAAACUGGAUACAGUUGUGCUUGUCCAGUUGGGGUAAAGCUUUCGGAGGACAAUAGAACUUGCUACGAUGGACCAUCGACUUAUAUUCUAUUCGCUCAUCGAAUGGAUAUUCGACAGAUUUCCUUAGACUUUGCUCAUAUGAUUGAUGUUGUUCUUCCAUUGCCACCGAUCUCCAAUGCAGUUGCUUUAGAUGUUGACAAGCAGACAGGGUUGAUUUAUUGGUCCGAUACUGUCGAAAAGAACAUAAUGUGUUCAAGUGCAGAUGGCUUACAUGUAAAUCUGAUUAUUGGAGAGAGUUUGGAUAAUGCUGAUGGCCUCAUUAUAGAUUCUGUAGGAAGAACUAUGUACUGGACAGAUGCUGGUCUUCAUACAGUCGAAGUUAGUAAUCUAAAUGGCAAGAAUCGACAUUUAAUAGCUUGGCAAGAUCUUGAAUCACCACGUGGAUUAGCCCAUGAUUAUGAAGCUGGUCUCCUUUUCUGGACGGACUGGGGCCAUUUUAGAAAAAUCGAAAGAGCCAACAUGGAUGGUGGGGAAAGAAGUAAAAUAGUUACCAGUAAGCUUGGUUGGCCAAAUGGUCUUUCAGUAGAUUUAGAAAUGAAAAGAAUAUUUUGGGUUGAUGCUCAAUUGAAAACUAUUGAUUCAUGUGAUUAUACGGGUAAUCAAAGACAGUUGAUUAUGGCUGCAUUACAUCAUCCUUAUGCAUUGGCUGUUACACCUAAACAUAUAUACUGGACUGAUUGGAAGUCCAAAGCAUUACAUAUGGCUGACAGGAAGAAUAUAUCGAUAAGAUCAGAUGUGAUUGUUAAUGUUGAUGGUCUUAUGGAUAUUAAGAUCAUAAAGACCAAUGUUACAUUGUUGGAUAACGUUUGUGGCAAAGACAAUGGCGGAUGUUCUCACUUAUGCUUAAGAAAUCCCACAGGAUAUUCAUGCAAAUGCCCAAUUGGUUUAAGACUGAAAGAUGAUAGUAUAACGGAAUGUCAAACAUUACCAGAUGACUAUCUCCUGAUUGCUCAACGUUCUGGUAUUGGAAUGAUUUCUCUCAACACUCCCGACUUCAUGGACGUUGUUUUACCUAUCAAAGGAGUUCACGGUGGUGUUGUACUGGACUAUCAUUUCAAAAAGUCUUUACUAUUCUUUGCUGACGUUAAUCUGGAUAUCAUUCGAAGAGUCAAUCUGUUGAAUUUCACUGACAACAGUGUCAUUGUAAAUUCAGGACUUAUUACACCAAAUGGACUUGCUGUCGAUUGGAUUGCGGAUAAUGUUUAUUGGUCAGAUACGGAUAGAAAAAUUGUUGAAGUCUCUCGAUUAGAUGGUUCAUCUCGAAAGACAAUAAUGUCUGAAGAACUCAAUGAUCCGAGAUCAUUGAUUGUUUAUCCGAAAAAAGGUUUCCUUUUCUGGGCUGAUUGGGGCACACCUCCGAGUAUAGGACGAUGUCUUCUUGAUGGAACAAAUCGAACAGCAAUUGUUACCACAGACCUUGGAUUCCCAACUGGAUUGGCUAUUGAUUUUGAAUCUCGACGACUAUUUUGGGCAGAUGCCUUACAAGAUCGAAUCGAAAUGGUUGACUUUUAUGGCAAAAAACGAGAACAAAUUAUUCCAUUUGCAACUCAUCCAUAUGGAUGUACUGUGUUCGAUUCAGCAAUAUAUUGGACCGAUUGGUACAAUAAAUCCAUUUAUCGAGCUAAGAAAACUCAACGAAAUGGCUACACGAAUAUUGGUGAAAUACGACAUUCGUUAAGUGGAGCUUUAGAUGUUCGUUCAGUUUCAGCUAAACGUCAACCAGAUGAUUGGAAUCAAUGUUCAUCGGAUAAUGGUGGUUGUUCACAUUUGUGUUUAUUCCGAGGACAUGAUUAUAUUUGUGCAUGUCCUGAUAUUGCUGACAAACGAACAUGUAAACUGGCACCAGCAUUUAUUGUACCACGCAGAUCUGAUGAAACACCUGAAUAUCCAGAUGAAGUAACAGCUGGAACGAGUUCAGCGGAAGAUGAAUCAUCGACCGAUCAACGAACAGCACAGGAACGAUUUGUGAUAGUUGCUAGUGGAGUUGUUACAGUUAUGAUUAUAAUGGUCGUAUUGGCUAUUUUAGUUUUAGUCCUGAAUUCAAAAAAGAACAAACCAAAGAGAAACUCCAGAGGAUCCAGUCGAUCAGUGUUGACAUAUUCAAAUCCAAAUUAUAAUGUUGAUGGUACACCAAUGGAACCAAAAACAACAAUUUGGAAAAGAUUUAGAUAUGAAAAGUCAAGUGAACGAGUAUAUGAAGAACGAAGUUUAACAACAGAAACAGCAUCGACAAGUCUCUUUGUUGCCACACCAUCACCCAUGGCUUCACCAUCAAAUAAAAAUAAUAUACAACUUUCAACUAUAACAUAAAUUAUUUAAUUUAUUUUUAUUUUUUUAACUAAAUAUUUAUGUUUACAUUUUUCCAAUAAUAAUUCAUUUGUAUAUUUAACAAAAA